CAAAGUCUCUCUCUAUCUUCUUCUUUCGAUUUAGUACCGAAGCUGCAGUUUAUCAAUGCAUUCUCUUUCGUUUCCAUCUUCUUCUUUAGCCCUUUUACCUUCUCUGUCUGCCUUAGGUUCUUCGCAACCAAAGAAGCUAAAUUUUCUUCAAAGUCACUACCUUUCUCCUAAGCUUCUUUCACUCUCCACUAAACAGUCUAAUGUCUCUCGUCACAGAGCGUUUUCACUUUCCUCCUCUUCCCCACCAGAGGAAACAGUCUCCACGGUCGAUUUCCACGAGAAAGAUUGGUCCUUUCUCGAAUCCAUGGAAACCCAACAGACCCAGAAGCUCGAAAAGAUCGUAAAGGCUGGAGAAGUAACAGAGUCUUCGAGGGUUUUGGUCUCCUUUAGCUCAGAAGCGUUCGUUGAUCGUCUGGUGGAAUCUUCGCCUUCCCAGCUCUUGCUUAUAGUCCACGACUCCCUUUUCAUGUUGGCCUGCGUCAAAGAAAAAUACGACAAAGUCAAAUGCUGGCAGGGAGAGUUGAUCUAUGUUCCAGAGAAAUGGUCUCCGUUAGAUGUCGUGUUUCUCUACUUCCUUCCAGCUUUGCCUUUUGGUCUGGACGAGGUGUUCAAGACACUGUCUCAACGUUGUUCCUCAGGUGCACGAGUAGUAAUCAGUCACCCGCAAGGUAGAGAGGGCUUGAAGCAGCAAAGGAAGGAGUUUUCAGACGUUGUUGUCUCUGAUUUACCUGAUGACUCCACCUUGAAGAGUGUUGCUAAGAAGCAUUCGUUUGAGUUAACGGAGUUUGUUGAUGAACAAGGACUUUACCUUGCUGUACUUACCUUCUCCAAACAAUAGAUUAUCAUGUUUCCUGUCUGUCUUUGUAAUGAAACACACGAUUCAUUUUGAGCAAAUCAGAACCUUUUUGAAAAGAUAAAUAAAAUGUAAAGAAACU